AUGUCAACAACCCGAGACUCAACACCCUGCCCCUCCCCAAGAUACAACCGUCGCCAAAAAGGAAGAGCGCCUGCGGAGAGAGCCGACCUAAACUUGGUCGCUUCGCCGGGCCAACCCGAUCUGGAACACGAAGCCAGCAAAGAAAUCAUCAGAAGAUUGGAACAACGGUUGAAUGAAUCACAAGAUUUGCUCGAGAAGUUGAAGAAGGUGCAUAACACUCGUCAGCCGGCUCAAACCCAGUUGAAAGUCGUAUCCGGGUCAGUCCUCCAGACUCAGCCCAGAAUCUGGACAAGCCCUUCCUACAAGCGACAUUCCCGGAUGAACGAGAAGAAGAUGCAACACUUUGAAGACAGGGCCAAGGACCAACGAGAGCGGCCCGAGUCGAUAGGCUCGUUCAGCACGCCGCGCUCGACCCCAACCAUCACUCGGUCCAUCAACCCAUCUCUUCAUGAAGAUGGAGAGGAACAGAGUGUUACUAGUGAUCAAGUCGAUGUCAUGUCAACAACGGCGACGAUCGCCACUGUACAGCCUACCCCCGAGGACGAGGAGGCUAGGAGGCUAAGAGAUUCGUUGAUGAUGCCCAGAAUUCCUAGACUGGAUGCCACAAUUAAUUCAUGGAGAAAAAAGGUUGCAUUGUAGAUGGAUGAUUUUAUUUGUUGAAUUUUUGGAUAGUUUCACAUAAGGGACUCUCUUUGUUCAUUAGCUCAUUAUUCC